AUGACAAAACUGGAAAAGAUAACAAUUCGAAGUGCCGUAUUAGAUGAUCUUCUUACCAUGAUUAAAUUAAUGAAUGAUGUUUUAGAAAGUCCAUCAACGGAAGAUGAUGUACAAAAACUAUUAGAUAGAUGGCUACCGAGAUUUGUAAAAGAUUCUCGAUUUUAUUAUUAUGUUGUUGAGAAUGAGAAUAUGAAUAUGAUUGGAUGGUGUUGUGGUCGUGAAACACUUGAAUGUACUCGAACAGUAAAUGAUCAAAUAUAUGAUUGUGAAAUUGGACAAAUAUUUAUUCUUCAACAAUAUCAACAUCGUGGUAUUGGUCGAGAAUUAUGGAAAAUUGUUUGGAAUUCUGUUCUUGAAAGAUUUCAUCCGAGAAAUUUUCUUGUUUGGGCACUUGAUAAAGAAUCAACGCAUCAGUUUUAUCGAUCACUUGGAGGUACACGAGCUGGAGCAAAGAAGACAGAUGAUACUAUUUUAACAGCAUAUAUUUGGAAUGAUCCUAAACCAUAUGAUACAACUAAUUUUAUAAUCUUUAUAUAA